AGUGCAGCUAACGCUUCCUCCUCCUCCAGACGUGAGUGCAUCUCCGUCCAUGUCGGCCAAGCCGGCGUCCAGAUGGGCAACACCUGCUGGGAGCUGUACUGCCUGGAGCACGGCAUCCAGCCCGAUGGGCAGAUGCCCAGCGACAAAACCAUCGGUGGAGGGGACGACUCCUUCACCACCUUCUUCUGCGAGACCGGGGCUGGCAAGCACGUCCCACGGGCCAUCUUUGUGGACCUGGAGCCCACAGUGAUUGAUGAGGUUCGGGGAGGAGUCUACCGACAGCUCUUCCACCCUGAACAGAUGAUCACCGGCAAGGAGGAUGCUGCCAACAAUUAUGCCCGUGGACACUACACCAUCGGCAAAGAGAUCAUCGACCAAGUGCUGGACAGGAUCCGGAAGCUGGCUGACCAGUGCACAGGACUCCAGGGCUUCCUCGUGUUUCACAGCUUUGGAGGAGGAACUGGGUCUGGCUUCACCUCCCUGUUGAUGGAACGACUCUCCGUUGACUACGGCAAGAAGUCCAAGCUGGAGUUCUCCAUCUACCCCGCGCCACAGGUCUCCACUGCUGUGGUGGAGCCCUACAACUCCAUCCUCACCACACACAGCACCUUGGAGCAUUCGGACUGUGCUUUUAUGGUGGACAAUGAGGCCAUCUAUGACAUCUGCCGCAGGAACCUGGAUAUUGAGCGCCCGACCUACACCAAUUUGAACAGACUCAUCAGCCAGGUUGUCUCAUCCAUCACAGCAUCAUUGAGGUUUGACGGGGCCUUGAACGUCGACCUGACCGAGUUCCAGACCAACCUGGUGCCCUACCCUCGCAUCCACUUCCCCCUGGCCACCUACGCUCCUGUGGUUUCGGCUGAGAGAGCUUAUCAUGAGCAGCUGUCAGUGGCUGAGAUCACCAACUCCUGCUUUGAGCCGGCCAACCAGAUGGUGAAGUGUGACCCUCGCCAUGGCAAGUACAUGGCCUGUUGCCUGCUGUACCGCGGGGACGUGGUGCCCAAGGAUGUCAACGCCGCCAUUGCCACCAUCAAGACCAAGCGCAGCAUCCAGUUUGUGGACUGGUGCCCCACGGGCUUCAAGGUGGGCAUCAACUACCAGCCACCCACGGUGGUGCCGGGGGGAGACCUGGCCAAGGUGCAGCGCGCCGUCUGCAUGCUGAGCAACACCACGGCCAUCGCCGAGGCCUGGGCUCGCCUGGACCACAAGUUUGACCUGAUGUACGCCAAGCGAGCCUUCGUGCACUGGUACGUGGGCGAGGGCAUGGAGGAAGGGGAGUUCUCCGAGGCACGGGAAGACAUGGCUGCUCUGGAGAAGGAUUACGAGGAGGUGGGCCUGGACUCCUACGAGGAUGAAGAGGAAGGCGAGGAGUAGAGAAGCCCCUGUCAAAAAAGACCAUGCUCCUUCCCCGUGUUACCCGCAGAAACCCUUUGCAAUAAACCAUUUCAGAGCCUCCGUGUCUCCCACUAACCCCCCCCAGCUGUAUUGGUUUCUAGCCAGGUCAGGUGUGUGGUGAGUGCUUCAGCUCUGCUGCUGGUGCUGCUAUGCUU